CAGUGGAAGCGCCAGUGGAAUCUGCUACACUCGACAUGAGCUUGCUUGCCGGCGAGGAGUGUAGAAAGUGCUGUUCGCAGACUGCGUGGUAAAGGAGAGAAAGCGACAGAGGAGAGAGCCAUAGUGCUGACGUUGAAGGCCCGGCCCUGUGAGGUUGCACAGGGUAAGUGGCGCUGGCCAGGAGGCAGUGGCGAAGGGGAAGGAAAGAGGAUUUGGACUAGGGGCGGGGCUUGCGGCACAGCGUGGCUCCUGAUUGCUGGAGCGCGGCUGCCAAUCUCGCAGAAUCGCUCGGUUAACCAGUGCGCUGGCGAGACGCGCUCAGAUAUACUGAGUGAGCCCUGAGAAGCAGCCUCAGAUCCUGACGGUGCAGCAACUCGCAGCCUCAGCCAGGGAGUCCCAGCCGCUUUCAAUGGAGGAGAAGCCCGGCCAGCCACAGCCUCAGCACCAUCACAGCCAUCACCAUCCGCACCAUCACCCCCAGCAGCAGCAGCAGCAGCCGCACCACCACCACCAUUAUUAUUUCUACAACCACAACCAUCACCACCACCACCAUCACCAGCAGCCUCACCAGUACCUGCAGCAUGGAGCUGAGGGCAGCCCCAAGGCCCAGCCAAAGCCGCUGAAACAUGAGCAGAAACACACCCUCCAGCAGCACCAGGAAACGCCGAAGAAGAAAACAGGCUAUGGUGAACUAAAUGGCAAUGCUGGAGAAAGAGAAAUAUCUUUAAAGAGUCUGGGUUCUGAUGAAGCUACCAGCCCUAUUUCCAGGGUCCUCAAUGGCAACCAGCAAGUUGUAGACACUAGCCUAAAACAGACUGUAAAGGCCAGCACCUUUGGGAAAGCAGGAAUUAAAACCAAGAAUUUCAUUCAGAAAAACAGUAUGGACAAAAAGAAUGGGAAGUCUUAUGAAAAUAAAUCUGGAGAGAGCCAGUCUGUAGAUAAGACCGAUACUGUAGCAAUUCCAAAUGGUGUUGUAACAAAUAAUUCUGGCUAUAUUACUAAUGGUUAUAUGGGUAAAGGAGUAGAUAAUGAUGGUAGUGGAUCUGAGAGCGGAUAUACCACUCCUAAAAAAAGGAAAGCUAGGCGCAAUAGUGCCAAGGGUUGUGAAAACCUUAAUUUAGUGCAGGACAAAAUAAUGCAGCAAGAGACCAGUGUCCCAACGUUAAAACAAGGACUUGAAACUUUCAAGCCUGACUAUAGUGAACAAAAGGGAAAUCGAGUAGAUGGUUCAAAGCCCAUUUGGAAGUAUGAAACGGGGCCUGGAGGAACAAGUCGAGGAAAACCUGCUGUGGGAGAUAUGUUUCGGAAAAGCUCAGAUAUUAAACCCGGUGUGAGCAGCAAAAAGUUUGAUGAUAGACCCAAAGGAAAGCAUGCUUCAGCUGUUGCCUCCAAAGAGGAUUCAUGGACACUAUUUAAACCACCUCCAGUUUUUCCAGUGGACAAUAGCAGUGCUAAAAUAGUUCCUAAAAUAAGUUAUGCAAGCAAAGUUAAGGAAAACCUCAACAAAACCAUCCAGAACUCUUCUGUGUCACCAUCUUCAUCUUCAUCCUCUUCAUCAUCUACUGGGGAAACUCAGACCCAAUCUUCAAGUCGGUUAUCCCAGGUUCCUAUGUCGGCGCUGAAAUCUGUUACUUCUGCCAGCUUUUCUAAUGGGCCUGUUUUAGCAGGGACUGAUGCAAGUGUAUAUCCUCCAGGGGGUCAGCCACUGCUAACUACUGCUGCUAAUACUCUAACACCCAUCUCUUCUGGGACUGAUUCAGUUCUCCAGGACAUGAGUCUAACUUCAGCAGCUGUUGAACAAAUUAAGUCUAGCCUUUUUAUCUACCCUUCAAAUAUGCAAACUGUGCUGUUAAGCACAGCACAAGUGGAUCUGCCCUCUCAGACAGAUCAGCAAAACCUGGGGGAUAUCUUCCAGAAUCAGUGGGGUUUAUCAUUUAUAAAUGAGCCUAGUGCUGGCCCUGAGACUGUUAUUGGGAAGUCAUCAGAUCAUAAAGUGAUGGAGGUAACAUUUCAAGGAGAAUAUCCUGCGGCUUUGGUUUCACAGGGUGCCGAAAUAAUCCCCUCAGGAACUGAGCAUCCUGUGUUUCCCAAGGCUUAUGAGCUGGAGAAACGGACUAGUCCUCAAGUUCUGGGUAGCAUUCUAAAAUCUGGGACUACUAAUGAGAGUGGAGCCUUAUCUUUGGAAUCCAGUCAUAUAGGUGACCUGCAAAAAGCAGACACCAGUAGUCAAGGUGCUUUAGUGUUUCUUUCAAAGGACUACGAGAUAGAAAAUCAAAAUCCUCUGGCCUCUCCUACGAACACUUUGUUAGGCUCCGCCAAAGAACAGAGAUACCAGAGAGGCCUAGAAAGAAAUGAUAGCUGGGGUUCUUUUGACCUGAGGGCUGCUAUUGUAUAUCACACUAAAGAAAUGGAAUCUAUUUGGAAUUUGCAGAAGCAAGAUCCCAAAAGGAUAAUCACUUACAAUGAAGCCAUGGAUAGUCCAGAUCAAUGAAGGACCAGACUGCCUAUUCGUAACCUUUCUGCAGCAUUAGAGCCACCGUUCAUGGGGGACACAAGGCUUUUAUGCUCCUAGAUCUUCAACGCAGCAGAGGAACCAUAAGUAGAAUCACAGGAUAAUAUAUACAAAUAUAUAUAUAUACAUAUAUAUAUAUAGUUAUUUAAAAAAAAAGGCAACUGAAAGUAAUUAGACUUCUUAAGGAAUCAAAUUUAUUUCAAGAGACUACACAUGGUUAUUUAAUCUCCGGUACUGAAUAGUUUUUUUUUUCUUUUUUCUUUCGUUAGUUUUUGUUUUUAAGUGUGAAUGCAAGUGAUUAAUGAAUACAGACUUAACAAGUGUGGUUCUAAAGUUCCUGCUGUCAUCAACUUGGGCAACAAAUGACCCACUGGAAAGGCAAAUCCACUUAAAAGAUCUCUGUAUCUUGUUCUGUGACUAAAGUGAUACACUAAUCACGGGGAACCCAGAAUGAUUCAACAUUUUCCCCCCACUCCUCCUUUGAUCUUUUGGUUUUACUUUAAGCCCUGCGAGAAUGCUGGAUAAAUGCCUUGAAGUUUGCAGGGCUGUAUUUUUUUAGCGAAUAUGAUUUGCAUGUCUUGCCAGGAGUUAAGCAGCCUCUGUGGGUUGUUGGGGAAAUCUUUUCUUUCUUUCCUUUUAUUUUUUGUGGGGUGGGGAUAGGGGAGGGCCUUGAAGUUCUACAAUUCUGGAAUAGUUGGUGGUACAUAGUUAACUUGGUUUUGGUUCAAUUUAACAACUGAAGAAUCCAUGAGUGUCAUUUUUAAUAAGUUGCAGAACAAGCAAUUGGUUUGGAUAUUCAAUAUGGAAAAAUAUUCCUGUGCCCAUAUUUUAAUGUAAUUGUAUAACUGGGAGCAAAAAUAUAUUCUGCUUUUCAACUGUAGGUGCUCCAGACUUGCUCUCUGUCACUAACACUAAAUGUGCUGUUUUCCUUGUUUUUCUUCAAACAUCAAAGAGAAACUUCUGUACCUUUCUGUAAAUUCUCUUUUAAUUUGUCAGCAAAAUUUAAAAGGGGAAGCAAAAGGUCCACGAAAACUAAAACUUCAUGUUUUUAGCCAGUGAGGAGGUAAUAAACCCUGCCUAUAGGUGUGUUUUCAUGCAAACUAUUACUUCUGAGCUUAUUAGCUUCUAAUUAUAUCUUAGUAAGUAUAUUUUAGUACUAGAGCAAAAUGGGUUUUUAAGGAAAAUAAUGUGAAAUUCUGGAAAUUUUAUUUUGGGCAGAGAAGAGCAUUAGCCCUGUCUUAUCAUCACAUUGCCAUCCUGUUGCACUGCAGCUUGUGUAUAGCAUGCUAAAAUAAAUUUGUGUGUGUGCAGAAAUUAAGGGUCCAAUUAAGAUUGGGUGAUGUUAGUGGCAUAAUAACAAGUUGUCUGGCCUGACAUAGCAUCACAUCACAUAAACACACACAGAACUUAGUAUAUCCAUGUAUGUCAAAUACAGGUUAAAAUAGCAGGGCAUUUAUAUUUAAUAUAAGGAGUUGUAGUCUUCUAAUAAAAGUAGACUGGAUCCCCUGGGGUAUUUGGGGAGAAAGUAACUACUUUUGCUCUACCCCUUUGCUUAAGAAAUGUCCAGUUUCGAGUGACUGGUAGUAUGGAUGGGUUUUCUUGUUCUGUUGAUUAUUUGAGACUUUUAACAAGUAGUUCAUGAAAGAAGCUGUUGGACUCAACAUAGAGUAGAGAAAAUAUCUUUUUAGCCUGGAUUUCUGCCCUGCUUAGAUUUUAAAAGUAUAAGCAUGGAUUGCCAAUUCCACUUGAUGUAAACAAAACUUUUUUAUACAUAAUAUAUAUAUAUAAUAACUUAUUGUAUCAGUCCAGGUUCAGAAACUUGUGGUAGGCCAGUUCCAGAUAGUUUCAUUUCACCUGUAAACUGUAUCACUUUUACUGAUAUUGUAAUUUUCAAAUGUAUAAUAUGUUUACAGAUGUGCCCUGCAUUUAGUCUGCCUUGUUCCUAUUUUGAUUUUUGUUGAGUCUCCUGCCUGCUUGCCAAAAGCUAGGAUGCUUCAGGCCCAUGUACAAUUGAAAGCAGAGGCAUCCUUGAGCUUUAAAGCAUUGAACAAACUGGAAAAUGCAACAUACCACAUACUGAAGUGAAAAAAGUCUGUGUUUUUGUGUUUUUUAAAUAAAAAUUUUCAAAAAGUUUAAAAAAAGAUACAAGGUUGAUUAAAGGGAAAAAAAAGGCUCCAGUUUGUUUUACAGGUUUUAAAGUUCUGCUGUGUGUUCAAUUGCCUUGUGUAACCACUUGUCGCCUUAGGGCCAGAUCCCCUCCCCUCCCUUUUUUUUUAAAUGUCCAUUUUGCUUGCCUGGAAUUUUCUUCUGUCUCAACAACUCACAAGAAACUUUCUGGGUUUGUGACAUUACAGAGGUUGAAUGAAUAAAUAUUCUAAAAGGAAAAAAAAAAAAAGAACCAGCCCCCAUCAGAAUUGGGCUUUUUAACUUAGAAGCAACACUUAAUUAAAUAUCUGUAGAAAGCUAUGGCUAUCCUAAUUUCCUUUCAUAUCCCUCAGGCCUCCAUGUUCAGAGAAGCCAAAAAGAGAAUGUAUCCCUUCUGUUUGUCCAAAGGUUUUUGAGAGUCUCACUUCUAAAUGAAACAAUGCAACAUUUCACUUUGAUUUCUCCACUGAAAUUUCCUUGAUUAUAUGGUUAGAGGUAUAUAGUUAGGAAUGUCACUUAACUUUCUGGGAACGCUAGUGCCCCGUCAAAUUAUCUGUCAGUAUUUUUUGGGCAUUGGGUUAAUGGACUUAAUUGCCUAGGUACAAGCAGGACUUCGGGACAAAUUUCCUUUGUGCUGUUUGGUAAAACUUAACUCUACUUGUUGCAAUCUUUCUCCUUAGGUCCUCACACAAUUCCUUACAGAGCACUUAUUAAAAAAAAAUCUUAAGAGUUGAUCUGUUUUCUGAUUAUUUUUGUGUAAACUUCUAAACAAACUUCAGCUGUGAUUAAUUUAGCACAUUUAAGUAACAUUAAUGUGUUAUUGUUUGAUAUCAAGAAUUUUCCUUCAACUCAGAGUAUUAGUACUGUAGCAUAAACCAAAUACAGUCUAGUGGGGAUUUUUAACAUCCCUCCAUUAUAAAGACUGAAAAAGGUGUGUGUGUGUAUGUAUGUGUGUUGAGUGCUUGUAUGUGAGUGAAAGAUGCAGAUAUUAAAACUUAGUAAAUGAAUGUGUGUAAGACAUUAGUAUUCAGAGAAUGAACUUGUAUUUAUUUUGUGCCAUUUGUUUUCAUUACACAGAAUAAAGUCAGGUGGUUUAAAUCCUUAAAAGGGUAGUAUUUGAAAAAUGGCACUAAGAAUGAAAUCAUGACCUAUUUUUUUAAUAGCUAUGAAGAUACUAAUUAUGGGUGAAGAUUUCUUUUUAAAACUAUCUUGAUUAUUGUAGGCUUCUGUGUCAUGUACCACUCCUGUAGAUGUCUUGAAUAAUUCCCCUUUCCCACAAAAGACAGGGUGUAUUUAUCUUUCUCUUUAUUCACUCCCACUUUGCUAAACUGAAGUUAAAUUGCCUAGCCUUUUCUCUAACCUCCUUAGUAAGGAACCAUCACAUAAAGUGUAUUUACAGCAUCUAUAGUAGCCUUUCUUCCUCCUCUACUUUCUAGGAGGGGAUAGCCAAUAACUAUUUGUUAAUUACAAUUUGGUUUUUUUUUUCCUUGAAAUAAAUGGCCAGAGAGUUUCUCUCCAUUUUAGAAUUUUGCUGUCCUCCUUAAUCAUCUGCUUACCAAGUCAUCACUCAGUCUGCAAAAACUUUAUAAUGGAAAAGUGCUGCACUGUUUUUUCAAAACAGUUUUAAGGGAAAAUACGACAAACCUCAACUAUGGGAGUUGUCUAAUACACAAUAGCAGCAGUAGUUUCAUAUUUGGUUGUUAGGCUUAUUGCUAACCCACAUCAGAGGCAUCUAAUGGUUUAUCGUUUGUAAUUCCUGUAAACUUUUUUAAACACAGAAAAGCCAUUUAGUGUGAAAUUAUAUGUCAUGUCCCAAAUGGCCACUAGCAAGGAAAUUGGAGGAAGACUUUAUUCAACUUUAAAUUCCACUAAAUAAUGAGGGAGUCAUUCUUGCAAGGCUCUCCAAAGAUUAUGGGUAUAGUUAUGCCACUGAACCAUGUACUGGAAUAACACACGAUCCUUGUAUAUGUAUGCUAAUUACAGAACAGAUAUGUAAUAGUGGGACAAAUAUAUAUAAUGGACAAUAGUUUUUAUGAUCAGGUCUUGUUGAUGCUAUACCAGUCAGGGUAGUUUCUGAUAGGGCAGUGUCUUUUCCUAGUCCUACUCAUGACUUAACUGUUGGGUUUUAAAGGAAAGAAGGUAGUAUCUGCUCAGUCUCCCCUCCCCCCAGAGUAUUGAUAUUUGUUUAAAAGGGAGGGGCAGAGGACAAGAUUAGACGUAUAAAUAGCUACUCUAGGUUUACCAGAGGCAUAUAGGUUAAGAUUAGUUCCUAAUAUUGAUGUUAUUUUUAUUAAUGUAAUUAAGAGAGCACCAAGAUUCUUUUAUGGUAAAAAGAUGGGCUUCUGCUUUGAGUAUGUUAAAUUUUUUUUUUUUUAAUAUACAUCACUCCGUUCAAAUGUGUGAGAACCUGGCCCACCCUGGGUUGAUUAAAAGAAUGAUGAAUAAUUGGCUUCACUCAAAAGCACUGCUUUACUGGGUUUUAAAUUCAAUUUCACACUGUUUUGCUGCUCAAGAAAGUAGUUAAAGGAUGCCAGCAAUAGUAUGAAUGGUGUUUUAAGUUGUCUGUGUAGUAAAAACACCCAGUCAAGCAUGAAUGGUGUAUUGUUUCUGCAUUACUGGGAUUGUCAAAUAGCAGUUAUAGGCUAAAAACUAUGGAAUAGCCAUCCUCACAUGUGUUGGGAUUGCUGAUUCUGACUUUCUUAUUUAUCCAUAGAAUUUUGUUAUGUCUAGAGUUCUAAAGCCAUUUUAUAGUACUGCAGUAUCCCUUUUCUACAGCCUUAUUAAAAUAGCAACAAACAUUUAUUUUCCAGUUCAAUUUCACUUUUAUUGUAUAUCACAAAGUUACUCUGCAGACCAACAUCAACUUGAGGUAAAUUCAUAUAGCUUUCCAUAUACCCUUUUUCCUCAGGUGCUAAUCAAAAGGCUCCAAAAAUGGAUACUGCUUUAGUAAAUGUCUGCUUUAUUCUUAAAAUGCUUAUUUCGUUUGCUAGAUGUAAAGAUUCGGUGUUAACAAAAGUGGUUUUAAUAUGUAAAUAUGGAUGAAUGCCUUUAGUUUACCCCUGUUUAUGUCUAUUAUUCUGUUUUCAUUUAUCCUUUAAUAGAGGAGGAUCCUUUCAUGAUCUUGAAUACAUUUCAUUAGGUAUUGUCGAUUUUUAGAAUGAAAAUUCAGCUGUUUUCUGUCUUAGAUUAAUCCUGCUGCUGCUAUGAGAAACUGAAAAUCAAGAAUGUGAUGCACUUUUUACAUUACUAUAUACCAUACAUGUACCAUAGGUUGCUUUGAUACCUUUCCUGUAGCACAGCCACUAACAAAAGUGAGUGAAUUUUAAAAUUCUCUUUGGGAGGGAAUCAGUACAAGUAACUCAUCCGUAGUUGGUAUUGGCCUAGGAAGGACAAUAACCUAGGAAAAUAAAAAUUCUGUUAAUAUUACACUUUUUGGCCUUAAAAUGUCUUCUACUACUGAAAAUAUUUUAAAUCUUAGCUUUAUUUCUAUUAUUCCCUCUCUCUGCCUCAAAAAGAGGAAUUGGGGAGAAUGGCUUAAAAGGAAGUAGGAUCAUUGGUUUUGUUGCUGAUCUUUUAGAAAGAAAACACUUGUCUAUAUGAGCUGGGGACUUUUUUGUUUGUAUGCAGAGGAGAAAUAAUGUCCUGAACCAGUUAGAUUUCAUUUAAUCAAAUUAAUCAAAACGCCAGGCUAUUCUGCUUCUCUAGUAUGUUUUUACUUAGCAAAGGUAAACUUAAGUAUAGUAGGAAUGCUGCUUGACAAGAGGAAAAGUCAUUUCUCAAGCACAUACCCAAAUUUGAAGGAGAUGGAACCCAAAAUAAUGGCGGAGAAACAAGUGAGGUGGAGGAAUAUGAGAAAGAUGUAUGGUCCAAAGCUAUCUGGUUGUAUUUUGAUGUUGCCAAUAUUACAAAGCCAAACUUAAUUUGCUUAUUUAAUAUAUUUGUUGGCCAGAGAUCUAUUUUUUAUAUCAAUGUGCCUUGCAUGUAUAUUUUAAAAAAAAUUGGAAAGGCCAUGUAGUAAUGCCGAGAUAGUUGAUGGUUCUUACCACCUCACUAAUUUUUAUGCAGUAUGAAAUGCUCAUUCUGUUGCCCAACUGGUGCUCUCUGUUAUAGAUCUUGUCAAACUGGAACUAUUUUGUAAACUGGGGAAGUGUUUUAAUCUUUUUGUUGUUGUUUUUUUUUUUCUUUUUUUUUUUGUUAUUAGUCUGUUAGUGGCUGUUCUGUAGUGGGAAAUAGUAAAAGGAUUCUUCACUCCCUUUUCUUCCCCCCUCAGCACCUUCUUCAAGUAAUGUGAUGACACCAUUUCUUGUGUGCUUUGAAAAAAAGUUUCAGCUUGCUGUCUCCUUUAGUGUUAUUAAGAAAAAGUGUUAUAAAAGCAUUGUUUGCAAAACCUAGGGAGAUAAUGGAGUCCACUUUAAUUUGGAAUUCUGUGUGAGCUAUGAUCCCAGUUAUUGGCUCUUUCCAACUUUAAAAUUUUUAUUGUUAAAGCACCUUGCUUAGAAAAUUUAAAAUAUUUAUGUCUGCAACAAUUGUCUCAAAAUAAUAAACUGUGCAAUUCUUGUCAUUAAAAAAAAAGAUCUGAACUCUCCCUAAUGUGACUUGUUAGUUUCUCUGUAUUUCCUGCCAGUGUAAAUGUGAAAAGCUUUGCUUGCAUUACGUUUUAGAAAUGCAUUUUGCACACUCGAAUUUUGCUGAAGCUCCAUGAAAAGGUUAGAUCUAAGUAGAUGAAUAAAGCUAUGCACAUGUUUUGAAAGUUUAAUUUGUGUGUCAUUACCAAAAGUGACCUAUCUGUCCUUAUUAUAAUACAUUGUUCUUAGCUUUACCAUCUUUGGAAACAGAGCUCAAAGUUACAGGUCUAGGCUAGCUCAUCAGUGGAACUAGAAGAGAGGAGAACUGGCAUCUAUUUUAAUAAAGUUCAGGUUAAAUCAGAGCUUGACUUGUAUCUAUUAAAGGGCUUUUCUUGAAACAGGGCAGUUUUAUUAGCUUUAUAAAUCACUAGAUGCACUUUUCUGUUAUUUGAUCAAACAGAAAAGGGAAGUAAUUCAAACUAAAAUGAAGGACCUUUGUCACAUGGGGACUUGGUGACAAUUUAUGUCUUAAUGCUGGCUUAAAGGUAGGAUAACCUUUUAAUACCUUUCCUGCUUUAGUGUAAGUUUGCUUUACUGAAUGACUAGUUUGGGAUUAGAAUCAUUGAGUUGUUGAAAGAUCAAAGGACAGGUUGUUUUAAAGAUAGUAUAUCUUUUAAAAGUUACCCAAGCGAAUUAGAACAAGUUUAGAAAUUGAGCACAUUGGUUCAGUUACUGUAGUCUGCAUGUACUGAAUAGCUUAACUUCACACAUACGUGUACUUAUAAGAUUGUAUAGAGUACUGGCCAAGUUUUGUCAGAUGAUCUUUUAAAAGUUCUUUAUAAUUUCUUCAGGACCUUUAUAGGAGAGGCUAAUAAGUUUAAGUAGAAUAUAUUAAUAAUGGAAUUUUCCCCAUGCUUCUAGAUAUAAAAAAUAAAUUUCCAUUUUAUAGCUUUUCCAAUGUAUAGAAGAGGGUUACUUGUCUAUCAUUAAGUGUGCUAUUGAUGUAUGUCAUUGGUUUUGAAAACACAACAAUAUCCUUUCUCCUAUACCUUCAUUGAUAGUGGCUGUUAAAAACUAAGUCAUCUAAUCAAGACUGGAAAGGUGGCCCAUAAUGUAUGGCCUUAAAAAGCAGAAAUGCAGGAGUGUAGCAAGCAUUGUUAUCUUAGAUGGCUAUGGCUACUCUCCUGCAUCUGUCAGUAGUUCACUGUGUUCAGUCUUAGAGCAUAUUGGAGGAGUAAAGUAAUUUCUGUGUCUCAUGUACAUAGGCACUUAGGAGCUGAGUUACCUCUUAAUCUGGGGGAAGGAUAGUGUAGUACAGUUAUGUUAGAGGAUGGUUUCCCUUCCCCCUUUAAAAAAAAGUUUGUUUAUUUUGCCCAAAAAGAUAGGUCUUUUCUAGAUAUAAGAACAGUCACCAGAGAAAUUUACCCUUUUGCUAAAUGCUUAGCUGUUUCUGAUGUCAUGGAUUCUGAGGAAGUCAAUUACAUGAUCUUCAUUUAUUGAUGUCUUACUUCAUGUUCAGUGUUUUAAAAAUAUAAAUUACAAACACUCUACAACCAUACUCAGAUUUACUUAUUUUAUCAGAAGAAAAACUUGAGAAAUUUGUAGAAUAAAAUUAAGAGACAAAAUAAGUGUACAUUGUUGAAUAAAAAAUUUUAAAGUUU